ACCACACGUCGUUAACUCGUUAUGUCCCCCCACUCAUCUUGGAUUUCUCUAUAAAAUGUGGUCCUCCUGACCUUUGUCAUCCAUCCAAUCCCUAAUUCAAAACACACACAACAAGAGAUCACACCCAAAAACCUGUGAUCUAAGCACACAUUCAAACAUUUUCAGACGCAACAACGACCGAUCUAAUGCGAAUGCAGCUACCAUCAGCUUGAUAACAUUUUGGAGGUGAUGAUACAAUAGCGUAGCAUCAAUAGCGGUGGCAACGUAAUAUACUUUGUUUAUAUGGCAGAUAGUACAUCAAGUUUUUGGGGUCCGGUGACUUCGUCCCACGAGUGGUGUGAAAAGAACUACGUGUAUUCUUCUUAUGUUGCUGAGUUUUAUAAUACCAUCUCAAACAUUCCAUGCAUCCUAUUGGCAUUCAUCGGCCUUGUUAGUUCAUUGCUACAACGGUUCGAGAAGAGGUUCAGUGUUCUUCACUUGUCAAAUAUGGCCCUCGCUAUUGGAAGCGUAAUGUAUCAUGCCACAUUGCAACAUGUGCAGCAGCAAAGUGACGAGACUCCAAUGGUAUGGGAAAUGCUGCUAUACAUAUACAUCCUCUACUCACCAGAUUGGCACUACCGAAGUACCAUGCCAACGUUCCUGUUCCUGUACGGUAUCUCUUUCGCCGUUCUCCAUUCCGUGAUCCGUUUUGAUAUCGGUUUCAAACUUCAUUACGUGAUGCUUUGCCUGUUGUGUGUGCCUCGGAUGUACAAGUAUUACAUACAUACACAAGACGUGUCGGCCAAAAGGCUAGCGAAGUUAUAUUUCGCCACCCUUUUCGUUGGUAGUUUGUGCUGGUUAGGUGAUCGGUUCUGCUGCACGCAUAUAUCCACCUGGCCGAUUAACCCUCAGGGUCAUGCGUUGUGGCAUGUUUCCAUGGGCUUUAACUCUUAUUUUGCAAACACGUUCUUGAUGUUUUGUCGGGCACAACAACGUGACUGGAGCCCGAAGGUGGUUUGUUUCAUGGGAAUUCUCCCAUAUGUUAGGAUCCAGAAGCCGAAAACACACACCAAGUAAUAUGCAGAGGUAGAUACGCUAUUUCAUUUAAUUUAUCGUUUUGUUUCGGCUAGGUGGAUAAGAAAAUCUGGCUAAGGUUGUUGGGAGGAUAUUUUAGCUGUGAAACUAGAAUAUUUUAUGUACCAAAUUUUGUAUCAUCUUUUUCCAUUUGUUUAAUUUAAUGAUUACAACUGUAUUUUGUGACCAAGCGAUGAAAUCUCGAAACUGUUAUUUUUGGGUCGUG